UUUGUUGAUCAAUUUAAAUUUGUUGUAACUUAAAAAAGUAUGCAAGUGUUAACGUGCACGAACUGUGCGAGCACUAAAAUUUAAUUGUUGUUAAUUUAUUGCGCGAUUAAUAUUAUAUUUAUUUGUAUUCUUAAAAUUAUCUUUAUAAAUAUACUUUUUACCGUUGAAACUUGAGGUAAACUAAAGGUUUCAUCUAGAAUCUAUGAUCAAACAUGAGUUCAUACAAAUCACCACUAAUAAGGUCUAGAAAUACAUCUGCCACUACAGACAGCACAUUGCCUUUUCCGAAUGUAGAAUCGCCGUCGAACUCAAUUAACAAAACAUUGAAGGAUAGCAUUUUGUUGUAUGACAACACUCCUCAACAAUCACCUACUGAACAGAAUUGGCGAGGACGUGGUUGUAGUUCACCGAGAUUCAAUAGUCCACGAUCUAGAGGGAGAGGAUCACCGUACCAAUGGACUCCCAACAGAUUUAACAACAGCAGCAGUUCAGAUCAUAACAAUUCAUCUAGUUAUACACCACGUGAACAAAAUAGUUAUACCUCAUACAGACCACAAUUUAACAAAUAUAAAAAUCAAAAUCCUAAUAGUCGUCGAAAUUUGAAUGAUAAUAGUGAUGAAAGCUACUUUCAUCCAUCAAUGUUGGAAGAUCCGUGGGCAUCAUUGUUAAAAAAUACAGAAAACGAUGUCUCAAUAUGAAUAAAUAAUGAGCUGUAUUACCAGUGAUUGUGUAUAUUUGUAUUCAUAAUUUUUAAGUGUUUGCUAGUGUUAAAAAAAAAAAUUAAAUAUUAUUGAACAUGA